AUGCCUCCCAAGAAGACCGCUGCUGCUGGUGGAGCCAAGAAGGGCAAGACGUCGGCCUACAACGCGUACAUGAAGAAGGAGCUCGCCAAGCUCAAGACCGAGAAGCCCCAGCUGGCCCACAAGGAGCGCUUCAAGCUGGCGGCCACCAACUGGGCCUCGUCCAAGGAGAACCCCAAGAACAAGGCCUAG